AUGAAGUUCUCCCUCGCUUUGGUAGCUGCCUACGCUGCUUCCGUUUCUGCCAGAACCUUCUACGAAACAAACACCCACUACGUUACCGUUGACGCUGACGGUAAGCUUGUUGGCGGCAGUCAGGCUACUGCCGUUGCUGCUUCUGGCAACGACGACAACGACAACCAAGGCGACGACAAUGACCAGGGCGAUGCUGUCCUGAUUGUCACCCAGGGUUUCAUCAACACCAGUGGUUUCGGCUUUGACUCCUCCACCGAGGCUGCCACCUCCUCCGAGCCACCAGCCACCACCGUGACUCCACCAUCCUCUCCUUCCUCGUCGAAGUCGUCCGCUUCUUCCUCCCCCAGUUCCGAUGUUUCUGGUUUCGAGAAGGACAUCUUGGAUGCCCACAACUCUAGAAGAUCCAAGCACUCUGCUCCAGCCUUGAGCUGGUCUGACGAGCUUGCCAGCUACGCCCAGAACAUGGCCGACAAGUACACCUGCGGUUCUUCCUUGCAGCACUCUGGCGGCAAGUACGGUGAGAACUUGGCUGUUGGUUACGGCGGUGGUGAGGCCACUGUCAAGGCCUGGUACGACGAGGGUGAGGGCUACGACUACUCCAGUGCCACCACCUUCAACCACUUCACCCAGGUUAUCUGGAAGAGCUCUACCGAGUUGGGUUGCGCCAAGAAGGACUGUAACGGCAGCCCUUACGUUGUGUGUGAGUACUCUCCAGCCGGUAACAUGGUUGGCCUGGGUACGGAGAACCUUUCUUCAAACUAA